UAUAUUUAAACAAACAUUCAACAUGGCCUUCACAAUCAUUCAGUGGAACAUCAAAGGCUAUCUCAAUAACUACAAUGAACUUGAUUUACUAAUCAGAGAUACCCAUCCUAAUGUAAUAUGCCUUCAGGAAACUCAUAUCCCGUAUAAUACUAAGAAUAUUAUUAUCCCAAAAGCCUAUGUGGGGUAUUUUCACAACUGUGUUAAUAACAAAAACCCCAAACAGGGCGUCGCAAUCCUUAUCAAACAUAACAUUCCCCACCGAAUAGUAUCAUCGACCAUCCAAUUAAUAUCCAUUGAAAUAAAGCUUACAUUUCCAAUUACUAUCAUUAACACGUACAUCCCACCAUCCCAAACUUUCUGUGAGGCAGAUAUCUGCUCUCUACUCUCCCGUUCAGUAAGUCCACCCAUCCUACUAGGAGAUUUUAAUGCUUGGAGCCCUCUGUGGGGCUCUGAAAAGUCCAACAAACGAGGUACCAUAGUUGAGAAUGUAAUUUUCGCUGAAAACUUAAUUAUUUUGAAUGACGGCUCCCCCACCCAUUUUUCAACCCACAACACAUUCACAAACAUUGAUUUAACGCUGGCAUCUGCACAGUUAAGCCCCAAAUGUAGCUGGAGAACGCUAAGUAGUCUGUACGGUAGUGAUCAUUUUCCCUUACUUUCGGUCAUUCAAACCAAGCUAAAUCCUUGUCAUCUCACCAAGUCCCCGAAUUUUAAUACCGACGCUGCCAACUGGGAUAUGUAUCAAACCACUUGUGAAAAAAACUUUAAAAACUGGAACACCUCCAAUGUUCGUCAACUUGCGGCCAACAUCACAAAAGCAAUCAGGUCCUCGGCCAAUGUGGCCAUUCCACAAAGCAAAACAACUCCUUUAAAAAUCUACGCGGCAUGGUGGAAUAAAAAUCUUAGUACCCUAAGAGCAGAAAAACAAAAGCUGUGGCAUAUUUAUAAAUCAUCUCCCUCAGUCCCCAAUUUAAUUGCCUACAAAAAGGACAAUGCAAUUUUUAAAAAAAGUGUCAAGGCAGCGAAAGCAGAAUCUAUCGGAAAAUUUACUGAAGACAUCAACCCCUCCUACUCACCCAAAAAAAACUGUUCGAAAAUCAAAGCCCUUACCGGAAUCCCUCCAACUCCCAUUAAAGUUAUCCAGCUUUCCAAUCAGCUAUUUUCCUCACCCUUAGAAAUAGCCAACAUUUUCGGCGAAACCUGGUCGAAUUACGCUCAUGACUCCAACUUCCAUACAGAGUACAUCAAUAGAAAAAGCACAAUACUCUCCCAAUCUUACAACCCAUCCAGAGUGGCAACUGAUGCACCAUACUUAGAAAAGGAAUUCAGCUAUAUAGAGCUGGAACAUGCCCUCCAACAUUCUAAAGGGAAAACCCCCGGCAAAGAUCGUAUAUCCUAUCCCAUGCUGCGACAUCUCCCAAACCGGUGCAAAAAUAUUUUAUUAGUCUUAUACAACAAAAUCCUUGAAAGCGGCACAUAUCCCCACACCUGGCUUUCCGCCACCCUCCUUCCGAUCCCAAAACCUAACCAAGCUAUAGAUAAUAUUAACAGUUACCGGCCGAUCUCCCUGUUGUCCUGUUUAAGAAAAAUCCUCGAGAAAAUGCCCACAAAACGCUUAAUGUGGUUCUUAACCAAAAACCACUUGAUAAGCCACAACCAAGUUGCAUUCAAAAAGAAUCACAACACCCUUUAUGCUCUACUUCUUCUCCAGCAUUUCAUCUGUGAUGCUAUAUCAACAAAAAACCAUGUAUCCGUGCUAUCUACGGACUUCGAAAAAGCUUUUGAGCGCGUAGGGGCCCACGUAGUUCUAGAACAACUCGCUUCAUGGGAAAUAGGCAGCAGAAUGUACAACUUAAUUAAGUCAUUUCUCUCCAUACGUAGUUUCCAAGCCAAAGUCAGUGGCACCUACUCGGAAACUUUUCCACUUGCUAAUGGUAUCCCCCAUGGCUCCCCCCUCUCGGUCGUCCUAUUCAAAAACUCAACGUAAUGAUCUCCAAAUACCGCGGCCUACAUCUUAAUGUCUACGCUGACGAUGCAGUAUUUUAUACUAAAGAGAAAGACACAAAGAAAGUACAAGACGUAUUUUCCAACUUACUUGAAGACAUACGUUCUUGGGGUAUUUCUUCUGGAGCUAUCCUAUCCGUCAACAAAUGCAAAAUACUCCAUAUAUGCCGUAAACAUCACUGUUCUCCGAUACAAGUAAACACAGCCAAUAACAAUAUAGAAAAUGUACUUGUCAUCAAAUCGUCUCCGCAUCCACACUAACACGCUUGUCAACCUGACACAAUCUCUAGUUCUAUCCAAAAUUGACUACGGACUCCAAAUAUACGGUUGGUGCGCCAAGUCCCAUCUAGCUCUCCUCAACAAACCAUACCACACAUCAGUGCGGUGCAGCAUUAAAGGCUUUUCUACUUCCCCCACAAAAUGUGUGCUAGCCGAGGCCGGUCUUCCAUCAAUUAUUGAUAGAUGCCAAGAAACCACAUACAAACUUAUCCCCAAAUUAAUGAAUACGACCAGCAAACUCCUGUUUGACACUCUUCGUAGCGCUUCCCGAAAUAAACGCAGACACUCAAUCGUAUCCACCUUACGCCAUUGCAUCGCCUACUGUAAAGACUUGGGGAUAAAAAUACCAUCUAGUUGCAAAAAAGUGAGUCGACACGCACCUUGGAUAUUAUCACCCUCAUCCUUAAAUAUACAAUUACAUAAUUUUCCUAAAAGCACCACAUGCAAAACCACAUUCACUCAACUUUUCAACCAGAUAAUAAACAUUGAAGACCUAUUUGACUGGUGCCCGAUUUUUACUGACGGAUCCAAAUCCGAACACAAUACCGCUUUCGCCGUUGUGAAAGAAAACGGAGACCUUAUAUAUGGCGGAUCUCUGCCUCUAUAUGCCUCCAUCUAUACUGCGGAAGCCGUCGCAAUACUGAAGGCAAUCGAUUACGCAGUAAUCAAAAAAGGGAAGUUUGCAAUUUUUUCGGACAGCUUCUCCGUUAUCGAAAGUAUAAAAAAUAUAUACAACGACAACCAAAUUGCUAGUCAAAUCCGAGACCAGCUAAUUAAGCACGCUGAUAAAAUAAAAAUCGUCUGGAUUCCCAGUCACGUAGGUAUCAAAGGCAAUGAACACGCAGAUUUAGCAGCCAAAAAUAUGUAUCUUACCCCCACCAUAUCAUUUGACUCUCCUUCCAGAAAGGACCUCGUUAAAUACAUUCAAAGCCAUAUAUACACUCUAAAACUUAAUUCCUGGUCUCAAUUCAAUCAUCCAUACAUGCAAUAUAAUCCCCAGUGCAAGAAAUCUCUUUUCCCUCCCUCAGUUUCCAGAUUACUAACAAGUGUUUUCACGCGUCUCAGGAUAGGCCAUACCAAACUAACCCAUCAACAUCUCCUCCUUGGCGACCCUUCUCCUGUAUGUCCGCUUUGCGGGGACCAUCUCAAUGUAACACACAUCCUAGACUCAUGUUCCCCAUUAUCCUCAAAACGCACCUCCAAUUUUGGUACCACCUUACCAUCCUCACUAUUAAAAGAUAUAAAUGUAAGUAAUAUAACUACGCUAUUUAACUUUUUAAAAGAAAUAGAUUUACACAAAUCUUUGUAAAACUAGCUUUACUACCUACAAUCCUCAACACGAUGUUCAUAUUAAUUAAUUACAAUAGCACCGUAGGCCUCAGCAGCUAGUGUGCAAUUAAUGUUAGUGCAAUAUUUUAUAUUUCUCUAAUAAAUAAUAAUAAUAAUAAUAAAUCCAUAUGAGAACAUAACCAAAGGUAAAUACACCUCAUUUUACCUACCCCAUCAUGCGGUUGUAAAACCAGACAAAAAACAACCAAGGUAAGGGUAGUCUUCAACGCCUCGAAAUGUACAAGUUCGGGCAAUUCCUUAAAUGACAUUUUGUACACAGGACCCACAUU